CCAAGGUAUAAACACGCAGUAGCACCGUUUUUGGUAAUCGCCCAAUGAGGAAAUCCAUGUAUGCCCCAGGCACACACCACACUGUUGCUCAUUUGGUCUAGCGCCGGCACUCAAAGGAGAAAAAAACGACGACGCGCAGCCCGUAGCUUGCACAGUGCUUUCAAACGUCCACCACCACCACUGUUUUUUUUUGAUAUCCCACGGCUGUUGUAUUAUUUCUUGUAAUUUUAUCGCGUGUACUAUUCAAACAACAGCAGCAUUCUUCACGCCAACAACCCACCCAACCCCUCUCUCUAACACACGCAAACCGCAUUUUGCUCCUUGCGGCUUUACUGUGUCUCGCUCCUUUUUUACCACUCAAGCCACAACAAGCACCAGUAACAAAGGUCCCCUUGGCUCUUACGCAACACAACCCCACCACCAAGGCUGGCACAGCGUAGCCCAUUCGCCCCAGGUGCUCAAUUAGGCAACUGUCCUUCUGUAAGUUACAAAAGGACAGCGCUAUUGUUACGGAUUCCCCGCCGUCAGCUCAGCCAGAGUUUUUGCCCGCGGCAGCGCACGACAGGGCCCUUUUGCGCUCUCCCCAGGCAACGCAACGGCUUAAGCAACGGCCACCAAGCACCAGCCCACCACAGCCCCGGCACAGUCGCAACCGCGGGGUAAUCAAGCCCUGGCCCGCCUUCGGGAUGCCGCGUCUGCCUCUUCCUCCCUCCACCUUGUUCAAAAGGCUUUCCUCUCCCACAACACCAUCGUGGCAUCUUCACACACGACUGCCUCGAUUGAAUUCCACACAUAAGCCGCUCUCCUAUCCCUUACUUGCUCGGUCCGCAUCUACAUCCACCAUGCAGGCACACGAGCUCGAACACUACUACGCUGACCGCAACCCGCCGGUGGUGCGUCUCGAGAUUGAGAAGCACUUUGCGCCGCUCUCCGAUAAGCAGAAGCGCUAUGCGCAUCACAUUAGCAGAGCCUCCUUCCUCGGAACCAGAGCUACCUUGAGACAAGCCUCUCCUGAAUCAGAGGCCAUCUAUGAUUUCAUCAUGGCUCUUAGCGCCACCGCUGCUGGCGACUGGAAGGCUCUGGGCCAAAAGGCUGGCAUUUCGGAAGAAGAGUUGCAGUACUUCCUCGACUACGCUGCCCAGAUCCUUGGCAACGCUGGUAACUACAAGGGUUUUGGUGACUCCAAGUUUAUCCCCAGAGCCGCUGAGGCCAGCUUCGCUGCACUCGCCGCUACCUCUCCCGAAGCCACCAAGUUCUACGAGGCCACCCAGGGUGGCAUCUUUCGCGCCGAUAAUGCAGCGAUGCUGCAUCUCGGCUUCCUCGAAGACGGACACAUGACCACAUACUACCCCGACUCGCCCGAUAUCCUCAAAACUGAAAUUGAGGCCGUCGCCGAUUGGAUGGCAGCAAAAGGCCUGCUUCCUGAGAACACACGACUUCGAAAGAACAAGGACGGUAGCUUUGACCUCCUUAUUGCAUCCGCUGUCACCUCCAUGCCUGCUGAGGGCAGCGAUGCCGGCAAAGAAAGCACAUACGUUUUGGAGGAUGGACCCCUCAAGGGCAAGACCAUCAACCUUGUUUUCGGUGACCACUCCAAGGAGAUGGCGCUUAUUGCUGCUGAAUGCAAGGCUGCCGCCGAAUUUGGUGACAACCAGACGCAAAAGGACAUGUACCUUGCUUAUGAGAGUGCUUUCACAACCGGUUCCAUGAACAAAUUCAAAGACAGCCAACGCUUCUGGAUCAAGGACAAGGGCCCCAUGGUCGAAUCAGACUUGGGAUUCGUCGAGACCUACAGAGACCCUGCUGGCAUUCGUGGUGAAUGGGAAGGCUUUGCCUCCAUUGUCAACCUGGAGCGUACCCGUGCUUUCGGCGAGCUUGUCAAUGCUGCCCCUGGCCUGAUUCCCCUGUUGCCCUGGGGUAAGGACUUUGAAAAGGACACUUUCCUCUCUCCCGACUUUACCUCUCUUGAAGUGCUUAGCUUCGCUGGAGGCGGCAUCCCUGCCGGUAUCAACAUCCCCAACUUUGAUGACAUUCGUCAAAAUGAGGGCUUCAAGAACGUGUCUCUUGGCAACGUUCUCUCUGCCCGUGCCACCAACGAAAAGUUCCCAUUCAUUCUUGAGAAGGAUGAUGAACUGUACCGCAAAUACCGUGACGGCUCCUUCGAGGUCACUGUCGGACUUCACGAGCUCACUGGCCACGGCUGUGGUAAGCUGCUUCAGGAGACUGCUCCUGGUGUGUACAACUUCGAUGUUGCCAACCCCCCCAUCAGCCCUCUCACCAACAAGCCCAUUACAACUUGGUACAAGCCCGGCCAGACUUGGACUUCGCUCUUUGGUCCCAUUGCCUCCUCCUACGAAGAGUGCCGUGCCGAGCUCGUUGCCUUGCACUUGGCAUGUGAAUUCUCUACCCUCAAGAUCUUUGGUUAUGGAGAUGGAACGUUGGAUAUGGACGGAGUUGGUGGUGAUGUCCUCUACGUUACUUACCUGUCUAUGGCCCGUGCUGGUCUUGCUUCGCUUGAAUUCUGGGACCCCAAGGCUCAGAAAUGGGGCCAGGCUCAUUGCCAAGCUCGCUUUGCCAUUUUCAAGGCCUUUAUCGACGCAGGCGAUGAUUUCUGCAAGCUGGUCUCCAACGAGGACGAUAUGUCGGAUAUGAUGAUCCAUAUGGACCGCUCCAAGGUUCUCACGACUGGUGCCAAGGCUGUUGCCGAUUUCCUCCAGAAGACCCACAUCUACAAGUCUACUGGUGAUGUCGAAGAGGGAACCAAGUUCUACAACCAGAUGUCCCAUGUUGGCCUCGAGUACUGGGGCACCAAGGUCCGCGAUGUGGUUCUGCAGAAGAAGCAGCCCCGCAAGAUAUAUGUCCAGGCCAACACCUUCCUGGAUGAGGCGUCUGGCAAUGUCUCCAUUAAGCACUACCCCGACACUAUCGAGGGUCUUGUUCAGAGUUUCGUUGACCGCAAGCUUUAAAAGUAAAAGUAGCAGAAGUGAGUUGAGUUGCCCAAACAUUGGGGGGGCGUUUGGGCGUUUGUGGGGAGUGGAGUUAGUAAGUGGUUGUCGGGCGUGGCGUUGGCGCCGCACAUGUACGUAGAAAAGGCCUAAAAUAUGGCGGAUACAGUAGUAAAAAUACAAACAGUUUUAUAUAUCCAACGUCCA